AAGCAACAGGUUUGUCCUUCCCCAUCAGCUACUCGUCACCUAGGAGUGCUCCCAGCCAGGGCAUCCGGCGCAGCAGAUGAAGCCAAUCCGCUUUCAGCCUGGGGGCUGCCCCUUUUCAUCCUCCCCCCUUCAUCCUCUUCCUCCCCCGGGGGCUGGCGCUCCGCCCCAUGCCCGGAGGCGGGACCGGGGGCUGGCAGGGACCCAGCCACACAGAGGGAGCAGGUGGACGGCCAGGCAGCCCCUUCCCACAGCCCUGCUCCAGUCCCACGAGCCCAUGGCUUGGAUACACUGGCUGCUGUCUUCUGAGGAGCUGAUGUCUUUGUCUGGAUACCCCGCUGAUGGCUCUGAUCUCCUCUCCUGACCCUUCCACAUCCAUACCAGGACUCUCAUCUUCACGACCAGGAGCAAGAAUGCUUGCUGUCCCUUUGAUAGCCUGUGCCAGCCACCCAUCAGUUACUUCGGAGUAUUUUCCCAUCACGUGUCUGCAUCUUGCUGGAUGAUCGGUGCCCUUGGUCUGUGGAAAUUCCCCUUGUUUCAUCUGUUGCUUUAUCUUGCUGGUCUUCAUCUAUCCAAGUCUGUGGCCACAUCCUACUCAUACCUUACUCUCAGUUCAUCUCACCCAUCUAAAGGCUUAAAGAAGAGCAGAGAGAUUCACAUGGAGGUACAGGCUGGCUGAAGCUGUCCUUGCUUGGGCUAUCUGGGAGCCAUGGGCCGUCGGCUCUUACGGGGUCUCUCUGGAGCUGCAGUCUUUCUGGUCGGUGUGGCUCUCCUCUCUGUACGGCACCGUGGAGCUCAGGAUACCUCAGGGUACCCAGGGCUCAGGGAGCAGAUGCUGGAGAAUCCAAAGCGACAAACACAUGAGAGCCCAGAGGAUGCCAAGGGAGGUGGUGGCACUGGGCAGAGGGACCUGCAAGUCCGUUCUCAGGACAAAUACAAGACAGAAGGGAACCUGACCCUUGGGGAUGUUUUCAUAGCUGUGAAGACCACCAAGAGAUUUCACCAGAGCAGGAUGGAGCUGCUCCUGGACACGUGGAUAUCCCAGGCAAGAGAGCAGACGUAUGUCUUCACAGACGAAGAAGAUGAUGCCUUGAAGAGGAGAAUGGGUGAUCAUGUGGUGUUCACCAACUGCUCUACUGAGCACAGCCACUCAGCCCUCUCCUGCAAGAUGUCUGCAGAGUUUGAUGCAUUCCUGUCCAGUAACAAGCGCUGGUUCUGCCAUUUGGAUGAUGACAACUAUCUGAACCCUGAGGCCCUCCUGAAGCUCCUGUCUUCAUACUCUGCGAUGAAGGAUGUCUACCUAGGGAAACCCAGCUUGAACCGACCCAUUCAAGCCUCUGAAACACUGUCUAACAACCAAACGAAAUCUGUGCACUUCUGGUUUGCCACAGGAGGAGCUGGGUUCUGCAUCAGUCGUAGGCUGGCAAGGAAGAUGAUGCCUUGGGCCAGGGAUGUUUGGAAGGGUGCAGAGAGCCACACACUUCAAUUCCACAAGCAUGCAGGACUGAAGGAAGGACGUAGUGGGUGGAUCUCCCACCUGAUUAAAGAAAGACAGGAGCAGGCACAUCAGCAAACAUUAUCACAUGAUGACACACUCCUCCUCCAACUCCUUCCAGCUUUUGGUUAUCCUUCAACCUUCCUUCCUUUUUCUUUCAGCUUUUUCUGGCUCUUUUUGUAAGUGCUCAGACUGAGCUCUGUCUCUUUCCAACCUCCUCUGCCUCCUUCUUGAUCUGAUUUCCAGUUCCUCCACCUUAAACUCUAUUCAGCUGCUUACAGUGUCCAUGGUCAUCUCCUCAGCUUGAUGUAUAGAGAAUGGCAGUGGGUCCUGGGGACAUGUGUUAGCCCAACCUACAUGGUGAUGUUUUCCAGGAUGCCCUAGGUUAUGCACAAACGCCAACAGGAAUGAUCUGUGCAAGCCUUAACCAAGUCUUUGCAUACUCAGAAAGACAGACCUGGUCCACACUGGGUGGCUCAUGGUCCAAUUUUUACUGAUUUAGAUGAAGAUACAUUCUUUGUGCAAAAUCCAGAAAGGACAAUGAUUUGUUAUCUGGGGUAAAUUUCAAGAGACACGGAUAGAAUCAUAGAACUGUUAGUAUUGGAAAGGCCAAUGAGAUCAUCCAGACCAACCAUCAACAUGGUUGUGGUGGUGACGAUGACAUGGGAUAUGGUUUAGUUGGCAUGGUGGAGAUGGGUUGAUGGUUGGACUGGAUGAUCUCAUUGGUCUUUCCAACGUUAAUGAUUCUGUGAUUCUAUUUGUCAGGGAUACAUCAAGCAAUUGGUGGGACAGCAUGGUUGGACAUGGUUGAAGAGCAGACACAUUCCCACAUCUUUGCAUUUGGACUAAGGGAUUUCUUUCCUUGUUUCAAGGUUUACUCUGGUUUUCAGUGAAGUGGUUUCCUAUAUUCCUCCUACUCCUUUACGUAACUCAUGCAGCCCUGCUCUCUUCCAGUGGCAAGAACUUCCUGAGCACCUCAGAGCUCAUCCGUCUGCCAGACGACUGCACCAUAGGUUACAUCAUUGAGUGCAAAGUUGGUGGGCAACU